CAGACAUUACAUACAUCAUAAGAAAGAAUAAAAAAUAUAAAAAAGUUUCCCACCAUGUCCAAGCAAUUUGUUUCUUAUUCUAUGGUUUUGAUGGUUCUCUUCUCAGUGCUAUUGGUUGUUCCUAAAACUGAGGCACAACAGAGAUGCAGCAAAGAACUAGAGCCGGGGACAGAAUGUUUGUUGUCAAAGUGUAGGGAAGAUUGUUUCAAGCAGUUAUCAGGAUUCGGAUCUUGUAUUGAGAACCCAAUAGGUUCUUCUAAAUAUACCUGUAAUUGUUUCUACAAUUGUCUGGGGGCACCAUCUCCAAGCAAUUUGAUGUAA